AUGAGAGGGACAAACCAGUCGAGCGUCUCCGAGUUCCUCCUCCUGGGACUUUCCAGGCAGCCCCAGCAGCAGCAGCUCGUCUUCGUGCUCUUCCUGAUCAUGUACCUGGUCACAGUCCUGGGAAACCUGCUCAUCGUCCUGGCCAUCAGCACUGACUCCCACCUGCACACCCCCAUGUACUUCUUCCUCAGCAACCUGUCCUUUGUGGACGUCUGCUUCUCCUCCACCACCGUCCCCAAGAUGCUGACCAAUCACAUACUUGGCAGUCACAGCAUCUCCUUCUCUGGGUGUCUCACACAGAUGUAUUUUCUCUGUGUGUUUGCCAACAUGGACAGUUUCCUCCUGGCUGUGAUGGCCUAUGACCGCUUUGUUGCCAUAUGCCACCCCUUACAUUAUACAACAAAGAUGACCUGUCAGCUCUGUGCCCUGUUGGUCACUGGAUCAUGGGUCAUUGCAAACCUGAAUGUCCUAUUGCACACCCUGCUGAUGGCUCGACUCUCAUUCUGGACAAACCAGUCGAGCGUCUCCGAGUUCCUCCUCCUGGGACUCUCCAGGCAGCCCCAGCAGCAGCAGCUCCUCUUCGUGCUCUUCCUGAGCAUGUACCUGGUCACGGUCCUGGGAAACCUGCUCAUCGUCCUGGCCAUCAGCACUGACUCCCGCCUGCACACCCCCAUGUACUUCUUCCUCAGCAACCUGUCCUUUGUGGACAUCUGCUUCUCCUCCACCACCGUCCCCAAGACGCUGGCCAACCACAUACUUGGCAGUCACAGCAUCUCCUUCUCUGGGUGUCUCAUGCAGAUGUAUUUUCUCUGUGUGUUUGCCGACAUGGACAAUUUCCUUCUGGCUGUGAUGGCCUAUGACCGCUUCAUUGCCAUAUGCCACCCCUUACAUUACACGACAAAGAUGACCCAUCAGCUCUGUGCCCUGCUGGUCACUGGAUCGUGGGUCCUUGCCCACAUGAAUGGAUUGUUGCACACCCUGUUGUUGGCUCGACUCUCCUUCUGUGCAGACAACGUGAUCCCCUACUUCUUCUGUGAUAUGAAUGGCCUCCUGAAACUCUCCUGCUCAGACACACAGCUCAAUGAGCUCAUGCUUCUCACCGAGGCUGCCCUGAUCAUGAUUGCCCCAUUUGUUUGCAUCCUGGCUUCCUAUGUGCACAUCUCCUGUGCUGUCCUGAGGGUCCCAUCCACAAGGGGAAGGUGGAAAGCCUUCUCCACCUGUGGCUCCCACCUGGCUGUGGUUUCCCUCUUCUAUGGCACCAUCAUUGCUCUGUAUUUCAACCCUUCCUCCUCACAGUCAGCUGAGGAAGACAUCGCAGCUACUGUGAUGUAUACAGUGGUGACCCCCAUGCUAAACCCCUUCAUCUACAGCCUGAGGAACAGGGACUUGAAAGGGGCGCUAGGGAAAGUGUUUGUCAAGAAGACAUUUUCUGUCUGA